AAAAUAUGAGAUUUAUUCACACCGCAAAUAAAAAUAAAGUAUAAAAUAUGAUAACUUUAGAAAGAUAUACUUUACGGUCCCGCCUGCCCCUAGUGAAUCCCGUUAGAAUAUAUAUGGAGUUGUGAAAAACGUUUCAGCGUUACCGCAUGCAACAAUUCUACUCCGUCACUAUUUAACGCGCCUUGCCCUCUCUCACUUUCCAAUUGACACACAACGAAGCCACUAUGUCAUCUGUUCCUCUUUCCACCGUGGCCAAUAUCUCGUCCCAGUCACUCUUCUCACGCCACAAACCGCCGCGUCUCUCCACCCAAAUCAAGUCCUUGAGGGAGACCAACAACGGCGAAGAACCCCCCCAAGCCACAGUUGACCGGAGAAACCUGCUGCUCGGCAUAGGUGGCCUCUAUGGCGCCAGCAAUCUGGUCUCCGGCGAUGCUCUGGCCACUCCCAUUCCAGCUCCAGAUCUGGCAAAGUGCUCUCGCGGCACAAACCUCAACCUAAAGCAGCCUCUCGACGUGGACUGCUGCCCUCCCUUCUCCGACAAGGCCAUCGACUACAAGCUGCCCCCCGCCAAACAGAUCCGCGUCCGCCCCGCCGCCCAUCUCGCCGACAAAGACUUCAUCGCCAAAUACGAGAAAGCCACCGAGCUCAUGAAGGCCCUCCCCGCCGACGACCCCCGCAACUUCAUGCAGCAAGCCAAUGUCCACUGCGCUUACUGCAACCUCACAUACGACCAGGCCAGCGAUCCAUCCAACAAGCUGCAAAUCCACUUUUCCUGGCUAUUUUUCCCCUGGCACAGGUGGUACUUGUAUUUUUACGAGAGGAUCUUGGCCAAACUGAUCGAUGACCCCACCUUCGCUCUGCCUUUCUGGAACUGGGACAACCCUAAGGGCAUGCCCAUGCCGGCCAUGUUCGUCAGAGACAAUUCCCCACUCUACAAUGCCAGGCGCAACCGGGACCAUCUGCCGUUGGUGGACCCGCCUCCGUAUGCCGAUCUCCGCUUCUCCAAAAAAUUCCAGACCGACCCAGACAAAAUAGUGGGCAGCAACCUCACGGAAAUGUACUCAGAGAUGGUCCGUAGCGCCGUGAAUCUUGAGGACUUCUACGGAGCCAAGUACGCGCUGGGGAGCAAUCCGGACCCGGGCGCCGGCACGGUGGAGCGCGGGUCCCACACGGCCAUACACGCGUGGGUGGGGGAUCCCAACUCCCCCGCGGGAGAGGACAUGGGCAACUUCUACUCCACGGGACGAGACCCUCUCUUCUUCUGCCACCACGCCAACGUGGACCGCAUGUGGUCCGUGUGGCGCGACCUCAGAGGCCCCAAGCCCAAGGACUUCAACGACCCCGACUGGCUCGACACCAGCUUCUUCUUCUACGACGAAAACGCCCAGCUCGUGCGGGUCAAGGUGAGGGACACCCUUGACAACCUCAAAAUGGGGUACACCUUCCAGAAGGUGGAGAUCCCGUGGCUCAACAAGAGGCCCAAGGCGCGCGUCAGGAAGUCCAAGGUCGCCGCCACCAGCGACGCGCCCAAGGCCACGGACACGAGCGUGUUCCCGGUGAAGCUGGACAAGGUGGUGAGGGUGCUCGUGGAUAGGCCUAAGAAGAAGAGGAGCAGCAAGGAGAAGCAGAAGGAAGAGGAGCUGCUGGUGAUCGAAGGGAUCGAGGUCGACACCUCCGAAUUCGUGAGGUUUGAGGUGUUCGUGAACGACGAGGACGACGACCCACGCGACGUCAUCGACCUGGCCGAGUACGCCGGCGGCUACUCACAGGUGCCGCACAAGAACGCCGGCAAUGUGAAGAGCAAGAUCAGGCUGGGCUUGACGGAGCUGCUCGAGGAUCUGGAUGUUGAAGAUGACGACCAGAUCUUGGUCUCCCUGGUGCCCAGAGAUGGAGGAGAAGAUAUUACCAUUGGUGGGGUCAAGAUCAUCUAUGUUUGAGUUUUCUCAUACGCGCGCUUGGUGCAGUUAUGUUUUCCAGUUAGGGCCGGUUUGAUAUGGGUUUAUAGGUAGGAUAAAUUAAAUUAAUACAGGUUAGUGUGAUGUUUGAUAUCAUGUUCAAUUAAUGUGGUCAACUCCUACUUAAUCUCACUUCUACAUGUUAUUUUGUGGGAAUAACCCAUACUAA